AUGGAGAACAGACAGAGGGGCCGACCUGAUAACGGAGGACUAGUUUGUUCAGGACAGAGUCAACCAGGAAGGUAUAGUGGUCAGAAACCAGCUGGAAGAUUUGACAGGGGCAAGGCACCGAUGAAGAUGCCUUAUCAGCGUCCUGCUGACAGGGUACCAUUUGUUGGAAGAGGUGCAACACCUGCUUCUAAGGAUGAUGUUAUUUGCUUCAAGUGCAACCAAAAGGGGCAUUAUGCGAACGAAUGUGGCAAGGAGAUUGUUUGCUGGAAGUGUCAGAAACCAGGGCACGUUGAAAGAAACUGCCUCAAUGCUGCAAAGGCCGAGCCAGUGCUGAAUACGGCUAGAGGGAGACGACUUUCUGCUCCAGGUCGUGUGUUCGCAAUCUCUGGCGAACAAGCUACAGUGACAGAUGAUCUUAUCCAGGGUACGUGUGUUAUCGCUGGAACUUCAUUAAUGGUAUUGUUUGAUUCUGGUGCUACGCACUCGUUCAUUGCUGAGCACUGUGUGAAGAAGUUAGGAUUGCUAACUGCUGACCUACCGUUCGAUUUGGUGGUGACGCCCCUGCCGUCGAUCGAUUAG